AAAAAAAUUACAUUCAAACCCCAAACGGCCCAAAUCAAGAAAAAAAAAAUGGUGUUUGCAUCUCUCAUCUUUCUCCUUCUAGGGUUCGUCGUUUCCAUCAUCUUCUCCGCAAACAAAGCUCAAGAAUCCACGCAUGGACCCACAUCGUAUCCAAUCAUUGGCUGCUUAAUCUCUUUCUACUCAAACCGACGGCGUCUCCUCCAAUGGUACACCGAUCUUCUCUCCCUCUCUCCGUCGCAGACAAUCUCCCUCCGCCGCCUCGGCGGCGGCCGCACCGUCGUGACUGCGAAUCCCGACAACGUCGAACACAUCCUCAAGACAAACUUCAUCAACUUCCCCAAAGGCAAGCCCUUCACCGACCUCCUCGGCGAUCUCCUCGGCGGCGGCAUUUUCAACUCCGACGGCGACCAGUGGGCCACCCAACGCAAGCUCGCGAGCCAUGAGUUCACCACUCGCUCCCUCCGUGAGUUCGGGUUCGAAGCCCUCCGAGACGAGGUCGAGACCCGCCUCGUCCCUACCCUCUCAUCCGCCGCAGCCGCCGGAGAGGCGGUGGACCUGCAGGAGAUUCUCAAACGGUUCGCAUUCGACGUGGUUUGUAAGUUCUCGUUGGGUACCGACCCGAAUUGCUUGGAUCUAACCCGGCCAGUUUCGCCUAUAGUCGAGGCCUUCGACGCGGCAGCUGAGAUCAGCGCCCGACGGGCGACGGAGCCUGUCUACGCCGUGUGGAAGGUUAAGCGUUUGUUGAACGUUGGGAGCGAGAGGAGGCUGAGGGAAGCGAUCAGGACGGUACACGUGUCAGUCUCUGAGAUCAUCAGGGCGAAGAAGAAGAGCUUGGAGAUCGGGACCGGCAACGUCGAGGCAAAGCAAGAUCUCUUAUCGAGGUCCCCCGCCGCCGGUAACGACGGAGACGCCGCGAGGGAUAUGGUUAUCAGCUUCAUUAUGGCGGGAAGGGACACGACGUCGGCGGCGAUGACGUGGCUCUUCUGGUUGCUGACGCAAAACGACGUCGCCGAGAGGAAGAUACGUGAGGAAGUGGCCUCGUUGAAGAGAGAGAAAGACGGAGAAUUAGGGUUAGGGUUUGAGGGUUUGAAAGCGAUGAGUUAUACUAAAGCUUGUCUCUGUGAAGCCAUGCGGCUUUACCCUCCCGUGGCGUGGGACUCGAAGCAUGCAGCCAACGAUGACGUUUUGCCGGACGGGACACGUGUCAAGAGGGGAGACAAGGUAACGUAUUUUCCGUACGGUAUGGGUAGGAUGGAGAAGCUGUGGGGGAAGGACUGGGACGAGUUUAAACCAGACCGGUGGUUGACGGACGAACCGGACAACGGUACGAGGCCGGUUCUGAAGAGUGUUAGCCCGUUCAAGUUCCCGGUUUUCCAGGCCGGUCAGAGGGUUUGCCUAGGGAAGGAGAUGGCCUUUAUGCAGAUGAAGUAUGUGAUCGGUUCGGUUUUGAGCCGGUUUGAGAUUGUACCGGUUUGCAAGGACCAGCCGGUUUUUGUUCCUCUAUUGACGGCUCACAUGGCGGGUGGGUUCAAAAUUAAGAUUAAGAGGAGAACGAAUCAGUAGAACCAUGCGAUUACUGAUGUCACAUUUUAAAUUGUUAUGUCACGUAUAAUAUAAUGUAUGAACAGAUUUGCAAAACUAAAGUGUAUAUCGGUUUGCGAAUA